UUUUCCUUUUGAUUAGUUGGAGCCUUGGAGGCCCAACACGGAGACCGGGCCCAAUUCGGACUCUCCCCCAUCUCGGCGGCGACGGCGGCGAUGGCGUCAACCGGCGUCAAGCUCAUCGACAUCGCCGUCAACUUCACCGAUGGCAUGUUCAGGGGCAUCUACCACGGCAAGCAAUGCCACGCCGCCGACAUCCCCGCCGUGCUCGCCCGUGCGCGGGCGGCCGGCGUCGACCGCAUCAUCAUACGCUGCUUUGCUGCCUGCCAUUCCCCCUUUCGCUUCUUAUUUCUUGCUUAUGGCUCAGAUUUGGUGUGCUUAAUCUCUCGCUUUCUUGGUUUGGUCCGGCGGAAGGUCACCGGAGGUUCGCUGAAGGAGUCCAGGGAAGCGCUCGAGAUCGCCGAGACCGAUGGGAGGCUGUUCUGCAUGGUGGGCGUGCACCCGACGAGAUGCGGGGAGUUUGAGGAGAGUGGAGACCCGAAAGGGCAUUUCCAGGCGCUGCUGGCUCUGGCGAAGGAAGGAAUCGCGAAAGGCAAGGUUGUAGCAGUGGGAGAAUGUGGUCUGGAUUAUGAUCGACUUCACUUUUGUCCAUCGGAUGUACAGAAGAAGUACUUCAAGAAGCAAUUUGAAUUGGCUGAAGCAGUAAAACUGCCAAUGUUUCUUCACAUGAGGGCUGCUGGUGAAGACUUCUGUGAGAUUGUAUCAGAAAAUCUGCAUAGAUUCCCUGGCGGUGUUACACACUCCUUCACUGGAACUUCAGAGGACCGUGAUAAGCUUCUUUCCUUUGAAAAGAUGUUUAUAGUUAUGUCAGGUAAACCAUACUGACUUAAUGUACCAAUGCAUGUAUUAAUGGAUGCUCUCUGAAGACUAGUGAAAAUUUCGAGGUUCUACAAGGUAUUCCUGCAGAGAGAAUGAUGAUAGAGACAGACUCUCCAUACUGUGAUAUUAAAAAUACUCAUGCUGGAAUCAAGCUCGUAAAGUCUGUCUGGCCAUCCAAGAAGAAAGAAAAGUACGAGCCGGAUUCUACAGUAAAAGGUCGCAAUGAGGCCUGCUUAGUCAGGUAAUUCAACACAAUUAUGCGUAAACUCUAAUAAGGUAAUUGUUCAGUAAGUAUUUGACUGGCCUGCAAUGCAUGAACACCUGAAGUUAUUAUUUGCUUUUCAUGCUCCUUUUACUUGGUUCUUCUGAGGAAACACAGCAGAAGUAAUGCUCAUCAUUCUGAGAACAUUAAACUAUUUUGUUUUUACCACAUGCUUGUUGAAAUGUCUUACUUGACUAAUAAAAUACUGACCAUUGGCAGUUCAAUAUGAUGUUUUGCAGAUAUUUAUUUGGUUAUCAUUUUCCAUAGAUGCAGAAUCAUUUGCCCAGAUUUUAAGCUAAAUCAAUUUAAAUUCUUAUCAUAAUUAAUCAUGAAUCUUUCGAUGGAACGGAAAUUGAUUUCAUCAACCUUUUCUUUUGUUUAUACUUUAUACUUGCACGAACAGAGUUGCAGCCUUGGGCACUCUGUGCCAUGAUAACAUCAAUCAUGCAGACCAUAACAACCACAGUUUAUAACAAUUUCUAGUUGAUCAAACAUGCAAAACCUAAAACUACAAGCUCUUUCUUUCUCGCUCAACAAGGGAAGCUGAUGACAUAGUUGCAUGUCCCGGUGUCGCCUCUCUUCAUCCAGCAUACCUAUCUCAAAAGAAAAACAUACAUACGAGAUCACAAACACAUAUAGUGCGUUUGGUUGCUCGUAUUCCCCUAGCCUAGCCCAUCUCUCUCAUCCAGGCUGAGUUUGGCCUGGUUGAGAUGAUGCACAUGCAGCUGUUUGGUUGUUUGCAUUAGACUAGCUAGGCUGACACGAGAUUUUGUUUGGUUACUCGUAUAAGAAAUACAGUUUGAAAGAGAAUUCGUUUGGUUGGUUGCAUGGAUGGUAGGGGUAGGUAUCUCUUUUUCUAAAGGGUGAGAUUACCACCUAAAACUUGUGGACUACCAUUUAGAUAAGCUAAAAUUUAACUCAUGAAGAGUGUAAAUUUCUAAGUACUAAACAUUUGAUUUUAUCUUCUAUAUUAAUUAUUGAUAUUGAUUCGUGGCAACAAUUAUUUUAAGAAUCGUCAAAUAAGCAGGAUAUAUAUACACCAGCACAUCUGCACGGCACAAAGUUAUAAAAUAAGUGAAAUAAUUAGCAAUGCAUACAGUAAACAUCAUUAUAUUCCCACAUUUCAUGGUCACGGUUUGCUAGUCGGUGAAAAAAGAAAAGAAAAAAAAACAGAAAAAGAAACAGAGAGGAGAGGAGCUUCGUUGAUGUCGCUAGGCCUGCCGCUCCGCCGAAGCCCCGACCUGCCGUUCGCCGUCGUGUGUGCGCUGCUGUUCGGAGCUGUCGGAGCAACAGGAUCCGGUGGCCAUGAGCCCGAGGCUGCUGGAUCUGGCAGCGUCCAGCUCGUGGCCGCCGGAUCCAUUGGUAUUUUGGCUGAUGAAGGAAGGGAAGAGAUGCAGCCAAGAUGGGGAAUCCGUGACCAGUGAGGAGGAAUCCGGUGGCCGGCGAGGUUGGAGGCGGUGGCGCAGAGAGGGGCAGUCGCCGAAACCUCCAGCGAGCUCCUUCACGCCUCCCUCUAUUGGAUAUGGCAGCAGCGUCCUCCGUCGAGCCUCUAUCUGCUGGAUCCGAUGGCGACUUGGCGAGUGGCGACGUGCUCGAGGCCGCCGGUUCUAGCCCGUGAAGUAGAGACGGAGACGGAGGCUGUGGAGAAGUCGGCGAGGGUUAAGGAUCUCGAGGUUGGAGACGAUGGUGGGCGGCGACGACGAUGGAGACGAGGGCGAAGAGCGGCGAGGAGCAAUCGGAUGGGCGAGAGAAACAAAUGAGAGAUGGGGGAUCGACCGACCCCUACGCGUUGCCUGCACCCGCUCGUGCGCGCCUGCAUCCACUCGUCCCCACGCGCUGCACAAGUCGAGCCUGGACGAGGAGCUACGAAGGAAUCGGGC